CCUCCUCGUCUCCUCCUCGUCUCCUCCUCAUGACCAUGAGCUCGGCCGGCGCCUGCUGCCUCGGCGCCGAGGCCGAAGAGGCUCGAGUCCUCAGCGCCGCCAUCGACAGGCGGCUGCGGUGGGAGAGGAAGGAGCUGCGGCGGGAAUACAAGCUGCUGCUGCUGGGAACUGGGGAGAGUGGGAAGAGCACUUUCAUCAAGCAGAUGAGGAUCAUCCACGGCUCCGGGUACUCUGACCAGGACAAGAGGGACUUCUCCCGGCUGGUCUACCAGAACAUCUUCUCGGCCAUGCAGGCCAUGAUCCAGGCCAUGGACGCCCUUCACAUCCCCUACAAGUACCAACACAACCAGGCGAACGCCAGCAUCGUCCGCGGCGUCGACGUGGUGAAGGUGACGACCUUGAGUGACCCUCACGCCGAGGCCAUCAGGAGCCUGUGGAGCGACCCGGGGAUCCAGGAAUGUUACGGUCAGAAGAGGAAGUACCAGCUGUCGGACUCCGCCAACUACUUUCUGAAUGACAUCAUCCGCAUUUCUGAGACGUGUUACCUGCCGACGCAGCAGGACGUCCUGAGGGUCAGGGCGCCCACGACGGGGAUCCUGGAGUACUUCUUCACGCUGGAGAGCGUCAGGUUCAGGAUGGUGGACGUCGGCGGCCAGCGGUCAGAAAGGAGGAAGUGGCUCCAUUGUUUUGAGGCGGUCACCUCCAUCAUGUUCCUGGUGGCGAUCAGCGAGUACGACCAGGAGCUGGCCGAGUCCGUGGGGGAGAGCCGCAUGCAGGAGAGCUUGGCGCUGUUCCAGACCAUCGUCACCUCCGGCUGGUUCCGCGGGUCGUCGGUCAUCUUGUUCCUCAACAAGAUGGACUUACUGGAGGAGAAGAUCCUGCUCUCGCAUCUGGGCGACUACUUUCCUGAAUAUGACGGGCCCCAGAGGGACGUCAGAGCGGCACAACAAUUCAUCCUGGAGAUGUUUGUCGGUCUCAGCCCCAACGAGAAAGACGUCAUCUACUCCCACUUCACCUGCGCCACGGACACGGGCAACGUCCGCUUCGUCUUCACGGCGGUGAAGAACCACAUCUUCUUCAGCUACGUCAACUCCUUCAGGCUCGUUUAGAGACGGACCUGAAGGAGCAGAACAAGAGACUCGGGAUGGACAUAAACUGGUUGCUAUGGUAAUAUCUGCUGAUGAUAGUCGUUAUGGUGACGUCACACGACAUUAGGGCCAUUGAGUGUGUCGCUACGCCGAUAUGGGUCUACCCAACAUACUUUAUGACACGACACCCCGCUUUACUGCAUGGCAACCCUACUUUACUCCACAACACUCUGCUUUACUGCAUGGCAACCCUAAAUUUACCACACCUCUACAUAACUGCAUUCCACCACACUUUACUCCACGCCCACCUGACGGUCCUGAAACCAAACCAAACAUUCCUGAACCGCAUUCCUCUGAAUACCUGAACCAGGAGAGAGGACAUCGUCACGCAGAGGACGCUCCUCAGAGGACCUCAGAGGUCAUCAGAGGACGCUCC